GCUGGUAAAGGAGUCUGGCUCUGAUGGGCAGAGUAUUGGUUCUAGGGAUUCUUCUGCAUCUUCCCCAGUACCCAAUUCGGACAGCUUCUCCACGGACCCUAUCGGAUUGCCUCCUUUGACAAUGCCUCCGAAGCCUGGAGAGCCAGCUGUUCGGGCCAAGUCUAACUCUAUAAGUGAACAACUAGCAAAUCCUGAUGUAGCAAAAGCAAAGCUGAUUUCUCGGAUGGCUAAAAUGGGACAGCCUAUGCUACCUUUCCUUGCAGGAACAGCAGGCACCCAGCUUGACUCCAGUGACUCAGAAAUAGAGGACCCAAAUACAUUGAGAGGAACAGCACAGCCUGUCUCUUCAUCCCCCAAGAGACCUUUCUUGCAGCCAGCUCAUGCAGUACUGCCUCAGUUGACAACGCAAGUACCUCAACCAUCUGUUUCUGGGCUCCAAGUGCCCUCUGCUGCCUUAAUGCCUGCAACCCUCCAGCCCCAUUCAGCUCUCCCUGGAAGUGCACAGAGCUUUCAGCCGUAUGCAGAAAUGGCAUAUGCCUAUUCACAAACUGCAGCUGCUUCCCAGCUCCAGCCUGUAGGACAGAUGUAUCCAUCACCUUUCCAAGCACCUAGUGAUGUUACUUCAUUCUUGAUGACAGAAGCUCGACAACAUAAUACUGAAAUCCGAAUGGCUGUUAGCAAAGUAGCUGAUAAAAUGGAUCAUCUAGCUGCCAAGGUGGAGGAGUUACAGAAACAAAACACUAGCAACAACUUGCUGCUACCUGGCAUCUCUUCAGUUACCAUGGAAACUGCCAUGAUCAUGAGCAACAUCCAGCGCAUCAUUCAGGAGAACGAGAGGUUGAAGCAGGAGAUAUUUGAGAAGAGCAGCCGUAUUGAAGAACAGAAUGAGAAGAUCGGCGAAUUGAUUGAGCGGAAUCAGCGGUAUGUUGAACAGAGCAACCUGCUGAUGGAGCAGAGAAACAACUCAUUGCAAACAACAAAUGAACACACUCAGGCAAGGGUGUUGCAUGCAGAGCAGGAGAAGCACACGCUGCCAGUGGAUCGGGGCUGGGACCAGUAUUCAGCCUUGCAGUCCCAUGUUGCUGCCCUGAAGGCUCGCUAUGAAGAACGUAUCAGGGAGCUGGAGAAGGGCUCUGUACUGGAAAAUCAGGAGAGAUCUCCGCCUGCAGACUCUACAGAAGAGGUGAAGAAGAUCAUGAAUGGGGUAUUUCAGACUUUGAGGGGUGAAUUUGAGCUGGAGGAGUCGUACAGUGGCAGAACAGUUCUUGGUGUUGUCAUGAACACCAUCAAGACUGUAACUCUGCAGCUGCUCAGUAGACAACAGGAGAGACGAGACAGCAACAGUGACGAGGAGGAGGCGGAGCCUAGAACUGGAAAGAGGAAACAGGAAAGCCCACCAAAAGCAAAGGAGGACCAUGAAGGUGCUGUCCAAUAUGGGCCAGCACCAAGCACUGUGUGCCCAACUAAACCAGCAGGUGAGUCUGCUGGUAUUGCUACACCUCCUAGAUCUCCUGAGGAAGGGCAGAGGACCCAGAACACUACAGCAUCAGAAGUGAAGGUGAUCCAGGAGAUGCAUGAAGCGCAUACCUUCUCUGAAUCGGUUCAGCCAGUAAAGCCCAACCAAGGACUGGUGGAUCCUGAGGAGGAUGUAGACUCUGUACUGGCUGAGCAAAGGCAGGCAAGUGCUCCCAGUGGGCUAGCUCAGCAUGAAGGCAGCUCCCAAAAAAUAGCAUCUGUUCAGGCAGAAACGCCAGAGCCUUCUAUUCUAGACACAAAGCUGGGAGCAAUGGAAGAGGCUUUGCCUUCGGAAACACCAGCUACAGAGCACAAGGCAGAGGAGCCUGCAGGAAGACUGGAACCCCUGCCUCUGAAAAGUGCAGAGGGGGGGAGUUGUCUGGGAAUUCCAGAUGCACCCAGGUUUGAAAUGGGUACAAGCAUUUCUGACUUAACAUCUGAGAUGGCAGAGAAGGAUCCAGCCACCAACCAUGAAACUACAGAACCCCAAGGACUGGCAUCUAGCCCCAAGCAGAAGGAUUCCAGUCUCACUGAGAACGAUGAUGACUUGUUUAAAGUUGCAACCCAUAAACCACUAAAGCCUGGAGUUCCACCCGAAGAGGAGGAUGAGGAAGAAGUGAGCAUGAAAGGACACCCUCCCCCAGCCCCACUCUUUGGGGAUGAUGAUGAUGAUGAUGACCUGGACUGGCUGGGAUGAAGAGUUGGAAGAUGAUUUGGAUGUGGCUGGCAAGCAAGCCUGUGAGCUUCCCCUUUGGGCAUAUGGCCUCUUCUCAAGUGUAUUUUGCACUUACCAGCUGCAUUUCCUUGGGAUGGAAAUGGAACAGGGCUUGGACUCUCCAAGUUCCCCGGGUUGCAAGUUAACCGGGGCUAUAAGCAAAUGACAGCACUGCUGGGCAGUUGGACCCAAUCUCGUUGGCCUGAUCAGCUAGCCCGGUUUAAGCAGCCAGCCACUCGUCCUGCAUGUUCCUGUCGCUGUCCUUUUGUGUGAGCCAUCAAUUUGUUAAUCUGAAACUCUGAUGUAAGUAUGAACUUUGUAACCAGUUGUGGAAUAAGCAAGUCUGGCAGUAUUCUGCAGCGGACACAGUGACAAAAACAGGGCAGAGAAAAUUGCUCCUCUCCCAGUACAAUUGAUACUAAAACAACAAAUAUAGAAUUCCAAAGAUCUGUGGGAUGUCAGAUUAACCCUCCACUAGAGAGACUUCAGACCUGUAGGGCUUCACAUCCGGCCAUCACAAACAUGCUCACCAAGCAGUUAGAUGCCAAUUGAAAGUACAUGAAGUAGGUUACUAUGGAGACUUCUAAUCCGAGUAUUUCCUGCCCACGAACAUGCCUUGUGGAAACUGAAGGAGUUGAGGUAACAUAGGCUUUGAGUGUUGAACACUGAGCUGUAGAAAACAAUAAAUGGUGCUACCCAAGCCAAGGGCUACUCUGCAAAGGCUGUGAAUUCAUCACAGCUCCAUGGAGCUCUGACAGGCUGAGACCAGAGUGCCAAGAGAAUGAAUACUCUGUUAAGUAUAGACCUGCAGCUUCUAGUAAGUGCUUUAAAGAUUCCUCUAGUGUUUCCCAUUGUGAGAAGUUAAAUCCCUUUACCCUCCUUCACUAAAAUGAGUGACACAGAAUGGUUAUAGUAUGUUCAUGUGUAUCCAGUAUGUUCUUAAUGUGUGUGCCAGGACAUCCUGUAAAACUAAUCCAAUGGAGGCAGCACGCUGGCUGAAUAUAGGACCAAGAGUGAGACUGAGAUUGCCUUUCUCCUAGCCCUUUUGCCUUUUGUGAACCUUCAUCCCUUUAGGGCUGAGCUAUCCCACUAGCCUCUCCAAACCACAAGCCGAAAAGCCUGCAGUAGAGGCAGCCGGUUGCUUACCAAGUGUACAGGUCCAGUGAAACAGUAAGAAAAAUUUGCAGUUACUAUUGACUAUUUAACUGUGUAUGGCACUUAGCAGUAGUUCAGUUCUGAUAUGAUAAAUAUCUGCACAACAAAACUUUUUGCCUCCUACUCACUGCAGUCUGACACCGUGAAACCAUCGUGUCCCAUAACCCCUGGCUUUUAGUGCUCCCCACCAGUCCCACCAAAGGCACCUUUGUCACCGCACAGUCUGCUCACACCCCGUCCUUACUUCACUUACAUCAUGUAUGUCCGUCUGUGAUGCAGGUUAGAUCAUCUCAGGCUGCACUUUGCCAUUGGCAAUAGAAACCCCACAACAACAGCACUACAGACAACAAGAUGUUAAUGGGAUCCCUGUCCAGACAGAGUUACUCCGGGCAGUCAUUUGCCAAUCUGCUGUGCCUUUUUUCUCUGCUGCUAAAGGUGGCAGGAUUAUAGUAUAAAGUAGAACUCUUUAGAUUAAAGGGGCACUGUUAAAUUAUAGAUGAGGGUGUAUAUAUCUUAACCGGCUUAUUCAGGACACCAUAGGUUAUUGGAACAGAAUUUGUAAAUCCAAUUUUCAUUCUUUGUGCUCUAUUUACUUUUGCUUUUCACUCAGCUGGGAAGUUUCAAUCUUAUUUAUGUUCAUUUUCUAGUCAUUUUACUUCAUGUACACAACCCUGCAGCAUUUUGAGUUGCAAAUAUUGCACAUGAGGGGAGGGAACAAAUUGUCUUUAAAAACAAACAUUUCCACUUAAAUUAUAAUAGCGUAAUGGAAAUUUUUUAGAUCUGUCCUAGGUCUGUGAACACUUUUACAAAAAUACCUGAGCAAAAUCUGCAAGUGUUCUGUUAAAUAUAGAAUAACUUGUUUUAAUUCAGGCAGUGCAGAGUACAAACCUGAUUGACAGCAGUGACUCACAUACCCAAGGGCUGCUUUGUUCUAGUGAAUAAAAAUGGGAUAAGUAGCCAAAUUUAACUAAAAAUAUGAAAGACUAAGUCCUGUGAACCAGCCAAUGUACUGAAGUGUAAACAGUUGUUUCACAUAACUCAUCUAGCUUGGGGUAGAGCACCUUGCUCUCAAGUAGAAACUAUCUAAAGUCAAAGUAUGGAAUAAAUGUGUAAGAGCAAAGGGAUUAACACAUGUACACCAGGUUUUCCAGAAGUCCCCUUCAUUGUGAUAGUCUCUAUGUAUCUGUCCUUUAACUGUGGUCUUUGGAAUCAACAUGUCUGUGGAAACUGUAAAAGCCAUGUCUGUCUCCUACACAGAUUUGAUAAAACCUGAAAAAUAAAAGUGCAAUUAAACAAAUCUA